UGCGCGUGCGCCGCGCGUGGGCCAGGGCUUGGCUGCGGCGGCAGCACAGACCCCGGGUCCGGCAUGGCCGGCUGGGUGUUCUGUAAUCGCUGCUUCCAGCCGCCACACCGCACGUCGUGCUUCCGCCUGACCAACUGCGGCCACGUGUACUGCGACGUCUGCCUGGGGAAAGGUGGCAAAGACGUGUGCUUGAUUUGCAAAGUCCCUUGUCGCACGGUUUUACUUUCAAAGCAUACUGACGCGGAUAUCCAGGCGCUGUUCAUGGGCAUAGACGGCCUGUGUAAGAAGUACUCAAGAGAGACCUGCCAGAUUUCAGAAUUUCAAGAAAAGCACAGAAAGAGACUCUUGGCCUUCUAUAGAGAAAAGAUCGCAAAGCUGGAGGAGUCCCUUCAGAAGUCCGCGUUGCGGAUGGAACAGCUGCAGAGUGUGAGAUUGUCACAACAAACAGCUUUCAGCGCAGUAAAAACUCCAGUUUCAAACCCCCCCCCCACAGCUCCUUCAGCAAAGCCAGGCGGACACCUGCUGCUGCCCCCUGACUCGUCAGGCUCUGACAGAGUGGAGUCCAUGCAGGUUGACCAUACUCCUUCCCCAAUGAGAAAACCUGAGGUGGCAGUUGGGCCAGCAAGACUCUCUCUGAUCAGCCCCCCUCAGCAUGGACGCAUGGGCAGCAUCUCCCACCGCGGCCCUCAGCUCCUCGGCCUGACGCCCCAUCCCAGCAGCAUGUCACAGGCUCUCAGGAUCCCACUGUUGCCGGUCCCAUGCAAGGUGCUGUCCCAGCCAGCGGCGCCCCCAAACCCAGGCCGAGCGGGAAGAGGGGGCUCGCCCAGCCUCAGGGGCUCCCAGACGCUGGCCCCCAGGCCGCCCAUCAGCAUCUCAGCACUGCUGCAGAGACAGCAUUUAGGGUCUGCUGGCCUCGGGGCCGCCACGCACGGAAGGUGAGCCAGGGCCUGCCCGUGUCUGCCCACCUGGGGCUCUCCGGCCACUGGCAGGACGUUACGCAGUAUAAGGAGUCGUCCGUUCUUGACGAAAUAAAGUAAUACAGUUGAAUAAAGUACUUUUCUGACUAUCUGGA